AUGUUGCAAGUAACAUCUGCGCGCUAUCCGGCGCCGACAUCCUCUGGCAUUUCGAAAUCAAUCUUCAAGCCUCGACGCUCAGCCUGUCUUGGUGUCUUCAAUGUCCGCACUCUGAAGCAAGUGGGACAACAAGCUGCUCUUGUCCUCACACCGGACUCGCGCGGUAUUGACGUAUGCUGUGUAUCAGAAACAAGAAUCCAAGAUGCAGGCACUGUGUUUGAAACAACGGCCUCAUCACUCUCCACUCCCUUGAAGCUGUACCCCUCUGACGAUCCAGAGGCUGCUGCGGCAAGAUGUUCAAAGGAUGGCAUCUAUCCUUGCUUGUCGGGAUACCCGUUGACAGUCACCUCUGUGCGUUCUGAUACUGUCAAAGAUGAACUUUAUGACGUCCUCAAGGCCCUGUUGCGGCAGGCUAGAAGCUCAGAUAUCGUUGCGGUUGCCGGAGAUCUAAAUGCGCAAGUGGACAGGCUUAGCGCACCUGUGACUCAUUUGGGUGGUCGACAUGGAUCGUACGCGUAUUAUUUCAGUUUCACCGUCACCAUGAUUUAUAAAGAAAUAAACUUUAAUUUUUCAGGCGGUGGAAUGCCCAGCUGUCCAAGCUACGAGAGUACAAUGAACGAAGCAACAGGAGCCAAUCAAUUCACAGCCAGCACAUUCAGCGACAAGGAUGUGCGCAGAAAAUUUAUCCAGAAGGUGUAUGUUAUCCUUGCAAUACAGCUAACCGUGACCACUGCGAUUGUGUGCAUCUUCACCUUUGUACCAGAAGUAAGAUAUGCCAUCCAGAGAAAUCCGUGGGCCUAUUAUGUCGCUUAUGCCGUCUUCCUGGUUACAUACAUUAUAUUAUCGUGUUGCGUGGGAUGCCGAAGACGUUCGCCUGGGAAUUAUCUAUGUCUAGCUGUAUUUACACUCGCCUUAUCCUACCUCGCUGGAACGAUCGCUGCCUUCCAUAGUACACUGUCCGUGAUGAUUGCAUUCCUUAUGACUAUCAUAUUGUGCGUGGCCAUCACACUGUUCGCAAUGCAAACUCGCUGGGAUUUUACCAUGUGUUCUGGACUGAUUCUGGUUCUCUCCUUGACUUUACUUCUUACCGGAAUCGCCUGCCUAAUAGUCAAUUUCACCCUCGGACGGAACAACGUUCUCUCCGCUGUGUACUCUGGAGUGGCUUUAUUACUAUUCAGCAUUCUUCUGGUGGUGGACACACAAAUGGUUCUGGGAGGCAAAGGACACGAACUCAGUGAAGAGGAGUAUAUCUUCGGUGCCCUGCAACUCUACGUCGAUGUAGUCAUUAUAUUGAUUUCGAUUAUGGGAAUAUCUGGUGCAGCCAGAUAAAAUGGAGUUGAACGGCUCGUGUUAUCUAUGCGGACCUGAAAAAUGUUGAAUUCUGGCAUUCGAAAGAUUUAACGUCUAGUUAUUGGACAUUGCCAGUUUGAGGCAUUUUAUUACAACUGGUCCAAAUCAGAGCGAACAUGGAUCCAUUAUGUGUAGUGGUUUUAAUCAUUCCAACUUCAAAACCAAGAGGAUAAUUGCUUUCUACACCAUUUUUGUGUAUUACAGGACAUGUGUUUCAAGAGUAAAGCUGUACGAAUAAACUGCGUUGGUGCUUCUCGCCACCAUCAUCGCAAUCAACAUUACGACUCAUCGUCAUCAUCAGCAUCGUCACUCUCAUUGUCAUAACCGUUUUACUGUUAUUAUUGGGCAUAAUUAUUUUUACUCACGUCAAUAUCAUAGCCAGGAUGAGCAACAAUUGUGUGUACUUUACGAGAUAUCGUAGCGUCAAAUGUAACAAGG